UCGAGCCCAAAAAAACCUGAGUGUGGCAAUCUAUGAUUCUGUCGCUGCUAGUGACGUGACUGCCGCCGCCUGACGCACAGAGUGGAGGGUAUAAGGGUCGCGCGUGCCAGAGCAGUGCCUUAAUUGAUGCAAUCUUGACAGUGUGUCCCUAAAUUGUCGGGUGUCUAGCUUUGGCUGUGAUAUACUACUGCGUACAAAAGUGGCGACACGCAACCAGGAGGGCUCCAGUGGUACAAAAUUACUAUGAACAUGAUGUGCGUGCAAGAAAAUUUAGUGAUUGUAUAGUGCAGAAACUUUCAAUAAAGGCAAAGACAAAAAAAAGCUUACAGUGCUGCAAUUUGGUGUAUAUUGUACUGCCACGAGUGAGUGAGCAGCAACCAUGGCGAGUCGGUUCUUCUCCAAGCUGAUGGGGGCGAAGGACGAGCUGCAGUCCCACGUGCUGGAGGUGGCCGAGACCUACAUGAAGAGGGACGACGCAGGUCUCGGCAGCAGUGGAGAGCGUGCAGAGCGAGGGAAGAUGGUGUUCCUACACGGCGUCCUGUACAUGGAGGUGAUCGAGGCGAAGGACCUCCCUGACGUGGACACGUCCUGGUUCCGCUCUGCAAAGGAUGUUUCCGAUCCUUACAUCACGGUGGACACUUGCUUUGGGGGCAAGAAGACGUGUCGCAUCGCCAAGACCUCCAUCAUCUUCAACUCACUCAACCCUCACUGGAACGAAAAGUUCAGAAUCGAGAUGUGUCACGAAACCGAGUCACUGCUGUUCACCGUCAAGGACCUCGACCUGAUAAAGGUGGAGUGCAUGGGCUACAUGAGCAUCCGAGCCGACGAGCUGCUGCAGGAGGAACCAGUCACCGGUUGGUUCCCUCUCAUCGGCAAGAACGGCACUCCCUCGGGGUCCAUUAACAUAUCCUUGCGUUUCCUCUCUGUAUCUUCGAUCACACGCUCAAACGAGGUGCCGGACACAGUGUUUCCAUUGCGUUCUGGCUGCCGUGUCCGCCUCUACCAAGACGCACACACGCCGGCAGUAUCACCCAUCACAGACGUGGUAGCGGCUAAUGGGGAGCCUUACCAGCCACCGCAGCUGUGGGAGGACGUCACUCAGGCAUUAGAGAACGCUCAGCGCCUCAUCUAUAUAAUCGGGUGGAGCGUGAAGGCGGAUCUUAGUCUUCUUCGGAAUGGAGAGUGUGAGAACCUGGGCGACAUGCUGAAGCGCAAGGCGGAAGAGGGUGUGAGGGUGAUGGUGAUGGUGUGGAACGAGGCCAUGAGCACUGACCUGUACACACCAGGAGUGAUGGGCACCCACGACGAGGAAACUCGUAUCUUCUUCGAGGGCAGUGAGGUGGAGGUGUUCCUCUCUCCACGUCAGAAGAACAAAGGAAAGAUCAUGGAAAACAAUUUCGUAUCAACUCUGUACACUCACCAUCAGAAAUGUGUCAUUGUAGACGCCGAGGCGGAGGGCGACGAACGUCGGCGUCUGGUGGCAUUCGCUGGAGGUAUUGACCUAACAGAUGGUCGAUGGGACACUCCUGAACACCCACUCUUCAAGACGCUUCCUCAGGAACACCAACAUGACUUCUACAAUGGUGUGUGUCAGGCCAGUGUGACUAUAGGUCCUCGCCAGCCGUGGCACGACAUUCACAUGUAUGUGGAAGGCCGAGCUGCCUUCGAUCUUCUUACUAAUUUCGUUGAGAGGUGGCGGCGUCAGGUCCCUGAUCGUGAACAGCGGUUGUUGGCAGUCUCCGAAGAUGACUUUGUGCUGGACUGGGAGGCACCUGACGAGUCCCCGUGGAGCGUGCAGUUCUUCCGUUCUAUAAAUUCAGAUUCAGCACAGUUUGACACCAAUGUGUUGGAUCGCCUCUUGACUCGCAAAGGACGCCUCUUUGAUAACUCCAUCCAGCGAGCUUAUGUGCACCACAUCCGGCGAGCUAAGAGGUUCAUCUACAUCGAGAACCAAUACUUCCUUGGGUCAGCUCACGGGUGGCUAGUGCAAGAAGCCAAAUGUCCUCACCUCAUUCCUAUUGAACUCACCACCAGGAUCAUCAGUGCUAUCAAGGCUGGGGAGGACUUCCGAGUGUACGUUGUGGUGCCCACCCAUCCCGAGGGCGAUCCAACCUCCUCCGCUGUCCAGGAAAUCCUACACUGGCAGCAUCGUACCAUGGAGAUGAUGUACCGAAAGAUAGCUAAGGCUAUCCGCAAGGCAAAGAUCAACGCCCAUCCUACAGAUUAUCUGGGCUUCUUCUGUCUGGGCAAGCGAGAAGGGGUGGAAGAAGUGCCGGAGGGGCUGGAGGAACCAGACUCCAGCUCAGUGGCCGGUAAAGUGCGUGAGAGCCUUCGAUUUAUGAUUUAUGUUCAUUCUAAGAUGGCCAUCUUUGACGAUGAGUACAUAAUCGUGGGAUCGGCCAACAUAAAUGAACGAAGUAUGAGUGGCAACCGAGACACAGAAAUGGCACUCGGCGCCUUCCAGCCACAGUAUACCAAAGAGGAGUGUGGCGACGGAGAGAUUGAAGGUGAUGUGCACACGUUCCGUAUGUCUUUAUGGGCAGAACAUUGCGGCUCGCAAAUGGAGGAGCACAAAAGUCCAGCCUCCGCAUCUUGCAUGGCCGCUCUCCGGGAUCUGGGUGAAGCCAACCUACAGAAGUACCUCUCACCUGAGCCAGAGCACAACGAUUCUCAUCUGAUGAAUUAUCCGCUCGCGGUUACGCCAGACGGCCACGUGGAGAUGAGAGAGGAUUGUCCCAAGUUCCCAGACACUGGCGGCUCAAUCACUGGAAAGAACUCAAACUUCCUUCCAAACUCUCUCACUACAUGAGCGGGUCUUCACCGCCAGAGAGACGCCGCAGGACGUGCCUCAGCAGUGCCUGGGAGAUGCCACGCUGUCCCACAUAUGUCUCUGUUUGUGCGGGUUUGAUCAGUGUGACGUUCACUCAUGGAAGGGACGCCGCCCUGCUGGAGAAUACAGUGGUUGGUUUUACUUCAAGGUACAAAGUCGCACAUAAACUGUUAGUGUAACGUAACUGUAAACACAUAGCUUGUCUUUAUAUUUUGCUUACUGGCACCGUUUCAUUGCGAGUGGCGGCGGUGUCUGCGUCCAGAGCACAUUUGAAUGUUUUUUUUUUUAAAGAAAUACUACUAAUUAAAUUUAGUUGUUGAAAAUAAAUGAAGUUUAUUUUAUCUCAUUCGUCAUAACUACUUGUAAAGUGUUACAAUGAAAGUUGAUAAUUAAGAAACAAUCUUGAUGUGAUAUGCGUAAUGAAAGCAAAAAGAAAAAAGGCUGCAACAGAUGUGCAUGCUUUGUGUAAAUCAAUAUGCCGCUCUAGAGGGUCAAUCGCAUGUUGUUUGUGAUGUGUGAUUUUUUCGUCAUGUUCCCUUCAAGUAAACAACUACGCGCUGACUGCAGUGUAGCAUGGCAGUCGUGAAGCAGCCUGUAGGGGCGAAGAAUGUACUAAAUGUUCAAAGUAUGCCUUACCGUGUUCUCGCUGCUUGGCCAGGAAAGACAAAAGUACUGUGUGUGUGUGUGUGUGUAUUGGUGCUCGACAUUUUGCAGUUAUUUCAUUAUGCUUGAUGACGCAUUUAGAUACUUUAUUAUUACUAUUCUGUAUGUAUAGAACAUAAAGGGAAAUUCUAUCAUAAUGUUGAGAAACUUUUGACAUGCAUGUAUUGGAAUGUAUUAUUAUUCGAUAAUGUUUGGUAGGAGAUAAUGGUUUUACUUCAGGAGAGAAAUAUAAUUGAAUAAAAAAAAAAAACAGGAGAGAAAAGCCCGCAUAAUUAUAGGCUGCUAUAUAAUUGUAUUUUAAAUAAACCUAUUACUUCAGCACAAAUA